CAGGUGCCCCUCUUUUCACUCUUAAAGCAUGCUGGCUUGGAUAAGAUAAUAUAGGGUCAUCAUAUGUAUGAGUAUAAGUAGGUAAUCAAGCAGGUGGCUGGGGUAAUUUUGAAGCCCUGAAACAAUUCCAAACAUGGACUAGAAUAUUCUGCCAAAUGAAUGAAGGGCAGGAACAGCAGAAUGCUGAAGAGUAGGAUCUCUGAUUAUGGUGACAAAGAGAAAGUCCCCAGGGUCAUUCAGGGAGUAAAAAUUAUUGAGGUUGGAGUCCAAUUCAAGAUUUUUAGCUACAGAGCCCUAGCUCCUGAUCAGUACUCUAUAUUGUGCUCAAUAAUUGUGAGCUCUAAGGAGGAAGAGGAUUGCAUAUUUUAUUUUCUGUUUUAUUCUCAGUGCCAAGAAAGUAUCUGGAACAUGGUCAAGUAAGUAAAGAAAUUUAUGCUGGCCUCCUUUGAAGGAAAUCUUGUUUGCUGUUGGAAAUCCGAUGUACUCUGUGACCACAAUGGGGCAGAUGGAAGAUUCAGACAGCAAAAUGUGUGGUGUGUCUGAAUUUUGAUACAGUUUCCAGGAGAAACAGCAUGUGGCUGUAAUGUACACAUAGUGAUGAUAACCACCAUAUCUCAGUCCCUGACACUUCCUACUCCUUCCAUCCCCAGCAGAGAUAAGAACAACAUGAGGCCUAAGAACCAGAGCAGCAUGUCCGAGUUCCUACUCCUGGGGCUCCCCAUACGGCCAGAGCAGCAGGGCAUGUUCUUCACCCUGUUCCUGGGCAUGUACCUGACCACGGUGCUGGGGAACCUGCUCAUCAUCCUGCUCAUCAGGCUGGAUUCUCGCCUCCACACGCCCAUGUACUUCUUCCUCAGCCACUUGGCCUUCUCAGAUAUUUUCUCAUCUGUCACCGUCCCAAAGAUGCUGAUGAACAUGCAGACUCAGCACUUGUCCAUCCCCAAUGUGGCAUGCAUUUCCCAGAUGUAUUUUUUCAUAUUUUUUGUCUGUCUUGACAAUUUCCUUCUUGCAGUGAUGGCAUAUGACAGGUAUGUGGCCAUCUGUCAACCACUCCACUACACCACUGUCAUGAGGGAGGAGCUGUGUAUCUUACUGGUGGCUGGAUCCUGGUUCUUCUCAUGUGCCCAUGCCCUAUUGCAUACUCUCCUUCUGUCCCGCCUGUCCUUCUGUGCUGACAAUACCAUCCCUCAUUUCUUUUGUGAUCUCACCACCCUUUUGAAGUUGAUCUGCUCAGACACCUCCCUCAAUGAGCUAGUUAUCUUCACCGAGGGGGGCGUGUUUGCCUUCCUGCCAUUGUGUGCUAUUUUGGGCUCUUAUAUUCGCAUUGGGGCCACCAUCCUAGGGGUUCCCUCCAUCAAGAGGAUCUGCAAAGGCUUGUCCACCUGUGGCUCCCACCUCCUUGUGGUGUUUUUGUACUAUGGGACUCUUGCAAUGAUUUACUUCAUUCCUUCAUCAAACAAUUCCAAAGUCAAAGAUAUAAUUGCUUCAGUUAUAUAUACAGUGGUGACACCCAUGUUAAACCCCUUUAUCUAUAGCCUGAGGAACAGGGACAUGAAACUAGCUCUGGGGAUACUUUAUAGGAGGAAAAUUAUUUUUUCUAAGUAACAGUUACUCAUAUUCUUAAUUUUCCUAGUGAUGUUUCUAGAGACACCUCCUUGAAAAAUUGUGUAGGUGACUGUUGUAGAUAGCAAAAAUGGCCAAAUUACUUCACUGCCCCUCUUAUAAAUGUGGUUUGUUUCCUUACCCACUGAAUCGAGACAGGACUUCUGACUGACUUUGACUAAUAGAUUCAGUGAAAGUGGUGUGAGAUUUCCAAGCCUAUGUAGACUCUGUUCCUUCUCCUCUUGGAACCUUGAGACCACCAUGUGAAAUAGUCCAAGCUAGGGUGUGUGAAGAUGGGGGCCAUGUGAGGGAGAACCAAAAUGCUCCAGCUAACAAUCAACCAGCUCCCUGGUGACCUGGUAGGUGACAGCAGAAGCAUGAGUGAGCCCUUGUUGUGAUCAGUUGAACCAAACCCAGAUGAGAAGCCCUAUCCAGCUGGCACAUUCCCUGCUCAAAUUGCAAGUGCAUGGAAUUGUCAUAUAAACAAGUGGUUGUUGUUAAGCCACUAAAUUUGGGGAUGGUUUGUUAUGCAGCAAAAGCUAACUGAUACAUUGACUGCCUUUGUUUCCUUGUUUUCCUUGAUUUCAAUGGUCUCUCCCCCCUUUUUGAUCCCUACUUGGAUUGUAUUCCCUGCCUAUUUUUCAGGUUAUGAUUUCCAUAACCUAUUUCCUUAGCCUUAGGUAUAUUUUCUUGUUCUCAUUAUUCUCCCAUAAGCGUUGGUAUAUGGCAUUAUCAGCAACUCUCAUUUUUGUCAAGUCAAAAUUUUAAGGUAUGGCCUUAUCUAUCUGAAGAGAUAUAAAUGAAUUGCUGUGAUAUCAAAACACAUGAAUUUCUUUUUCUGAAGGAAGGUUACACAUUCUGUUUCUUCUUGAAGAAGAGAAACAAUCUUAGACUAAGAUUUGCGGUCUAAAUUACGUUGCAUUUUGUAUAAGUUAUACCUUCUGACCCCUUAACUUACUGAUGCCAAGUUAAAGAGAUAAGAAUUUUCAAAUGUGA